CUCACCUCACCUCUUCUUCUUCGUUUCUCUACUCUCCUUUCUUCCUUCUGCAGUUCUUUCUUUUCUUGACCGUAUAAGGGGUUGAUCCUCUGCUCACAUUCCUUUACAUCACUACUACUACAGUCUGUGUCUGUACUUUAUUAUCUUCUAUUCAUUCCUUCUCUCCAACUCUACUUGCACAAUCUACACAAAGAUGAAGCUCUGGAAGCUACCAUUCUAUGCUCUUGCCGGGCUGGCUACCCUGGCGAGCAGUGCCCCCAUCAAUUCCAACACGACCAUCGCCGCGAACGACAAACUCGUUUUCUGUCACUUCAUGAUCGGCAUCACCAGCAAUCGGAAUAGUGCUGCUGAUUAUGACGACGACAUGAAACGCGCAAAGGCGCUGGGGAUUGACGCCUUUGCGCUAAACAUCGGGGUGGACCCUUACACCGACACGCAGCUGAACUUUGCCUACGAGUCCGCCGCCCGCAACGACAUGAAGGUCUUCAUCUCCUUCGACUUCAACUGGUACAACACCGGGCAGGCCACGACGGUGGGGCAGAAGGUCGCGCAGUACGGGAACCGGCCGGCGCAGUUGAAGGUGGACGGCAAGGUAUUUGUCUCCUCGUUCGCGGGCGAUGGCCUGGACAUCCAGCAGAUGAAGGCGGCGUCGGGGAUGGAUGUGUACUUUGCGCCGAAUUUCCACCCGGGCCAGGGGGAUUUCAGCAAGAUCGAUGGGGCGCUUAACUGGAUGGCGUGGGACAACAAUGGCGACAACAAGGCCCCAAGCGCCGGCCGCAAUGUCUCGGUCACCGAGGGAGACCAAUCAUACACCAAGGCGCUUGGAGGGAAGGGGUAUAUCGCUCCUGCUUCUGGUUGGUUCUUCACGCACUUUGGCGGCGAAGUGCCCUACAGCAAAAAUUGGGUGUUCCCUGGCGAUCUGCUCUGGUUCAACCGCUGGCGGGAGAUCCUGACUCUUGGCCCUCGAUUUGUCGAGAUCAUCACCUGGAAUGACUAUGGAGAAUCGCAUUACAUUGGUCCCUUGUCUUCUCCCCACACCGACGAUGGCGCCUCUAAGUGGGUGAUGGACAUGCCACACGACGGCUGGCUGCAGAUGUCCAAGCCCUUCAUUGCGGCCUAUAAGGCGGGGGCGAAGACGGUGGAUCCGUACAUCAGCGAGGAGAAGCUGAUCUAUUGGUACCGACCGACGCCGAAGGGGGUCAGUUGCGACAACACCGACACCACGAUGGAGGGCAGCCCGAACAACUCGAGCGGCAACUUUUUCCGCGGCCGGCCGAACGGGUGGGAGACGAUGGAGGACGCGGUGUAUGUGGUCGCGCUGCUCAAGUCGCCCGCCACGGUGCAGGUCGCCUCGGGCCAGAACAGCCGCCGCUUCAGCGCGCCCGCCGGCGCCAGCGCCUUCACCGUGCCCAUGGGCGUCGGCCCGCAGCGCUUCGCCCUGCUGCGCAACGGCCAGAACAUCAUGAGCGACACCAGCCUCAAGGACAUCGUCGACACCUGCAUCUGCGGCCUCUACAACUUCAACGCCUACGUCGGCACCGUGCCCGCCCCGUCCACCAUCGACCGGCUCGGCCCCGUCGGCCUGGCCUCGCUGUCGCAGGGCCUGCGCACCGCCUGUCCCACCAACACCCUCGGUGCCAACCGCGUCGGCGUCGCCAGUGCUGCCACUGGCGGUGUCAUCAUCCCUUCCUCGUUCCCAGCCACCACGACCCCCGGGCCAACCCCCACCCCCACCCCUUCUCCUUAUUGCUCGUAGAUUGUGACCACUUUCACCAUCAAUUAUG